AGAUCUUGUCGAGAACAUUCUCAACGCGAUUAACAAUGAGUUCAGAACCAGGAGACAGGUACGUAUCUCGUUUAGUGCAUAUUUAUAGUAGUAUUAUAAAGCAGCUUGAUUUUUUAUGUGUUUUCUGUGAAUAAAAACGCUAAAGAUUCUCAAAAAAGCGCUGGUCUCUCUUCAUUUAUUUUCAUAGUAAAUGGACCUUAGAAGUGCCUACGUCACGUAAUUUCGAAAGAAUGAAUUAUUGACCCAUGAGUAUCCCACAAUGCACUGUGCAUUCCACAAGUCCUGCGUAUUAAAAAUUUCGUGACGUAAGCACUUCUAAGGCUUAUUGUCGUAUUUAUUGUAUCCAUUCUCUCAUUCUAAAUAGGUUGUUGGGAAGCUAAUCACACUCGGUUUGGUUGAAAAUAAAGAGAUUUUAAAAAAGUAAGUUUUUUUAUGAAUGCAAUGAUUGUGGUGUAUGUACUCGGGUGUGGUUUGUUAAGCCAGUUUUCCAUUCAACCGUACCGCACCGAAACGUACUGGUGAGCAUGCGUAGAUUGAAAAGAGGUUAAUAAAUCCACGUACUUCCGGGUGUAUUCGCGUAUCAAAAUGAAAAGUUCGUCGCAAGUCAACUUUUUCGCGUACUAUGGAAGUAUUAACCAAUCAACAAUCACUAAAUUUUGAAAUUUAAACAUUUUUUAUACGUUUCGGUACGAUACGCUUGAAGUGGAAAACUGGCUUAAGUCCAAUGCUCUACCAACCGAACUAGCAGGUGAACUAGUAUGUGAUAUACGAGGUUAAGACUUGACUUCCUAGUUCAAUUGGUAGAGCACUGGACUAGCGAGCCAAACAUCGCGGGUUGGACUCCAGCAAACUUUUCAGCUUGCCAGGUGUGGACAUGUUCAGAGUGACAUCAUCUCAAGAACGUGUUUUUUGUUUGAAUGAAGCCUCUCUUCAUUUGAUUGCUUAUAGGACUUCCACCUCCGUGCACAUUACGGUAUGUAUAAUAUGAAGCUUGUACUUCUUAUUGUUUAGAAAACCUGUGAACAAAAAUGCGUGGCCUGAGGAAGAACAAAACGAACUACGUAAUUUGUUUGAAGAGUUCAAGGAUAGUGAAGGUGUGGUAUAUGUAUUGCACAUCAUGACUCAUUUGUUGGUGCACAUAUACCAUACUUAAGAAACAAGUUUUGUUUCAGCUAAAUUAUUUCGAUUCUAUGUAGAUAUUGUUGGUGGUAUUUUGAUGAGUAUGACCAACAAAACUCGAUCAAGACGACAGGUAAAGUAUUUUUGUAGAAAUCAGAAUUUGACUUGCAUGUUUAGUUCAGUUUGAAAUCGCAGUGGAAGUGUUAAAACGCUGCAUGGGAAGUGAAUUUUGCACUUCGUAAGGUGUGUUUAUACUGUAUAAUUAAGUGGUAUAAGAGUAGAUUUGAUUGGAAUGAUUAGGCUGGAUUAGAAUUGGGUUAGGACUUUAAUCGAAUAAGGAAUGAGUUAAGGCUAGGUGCAUGGUCGGCUGGAAAAUUAUUCGGAUUGUACCCGACCAAAUGUGAAUGACAUCAGACUGAGUUGAGACAGAAAGCAUGUGCUCACCACGAGGUUCAAUGCCUUGGAUUCCAGUUAUCUGGUUAUUAUACAACUUAUGUAAGUAAUAAUUAGAGAACUGGAAUACGUUUCAUGAUUCGAGAUUAGUUAUCAUAUUUUAGCUUGAUUUAGACAUGUUAGAAUAUCCCUAUAUGUACAUUUGCAUUUUUUCAUUUAUUGUAUUGUUAUACCUUUAAACUCUUCUCAGGUUAUAAAUCAACUGGUGAAGCUAAACAUUGUUGAAGACCGCAGUAUACUUCGGAAGAAACGUGCCAAGAAACCAAGGAAACGAAACAAUGAGUAUGAGGUACCAUAGAAUUCUGAAGAAUAACGUUUGGAUUUAGUGGCACUAGUUUUAUUAUGAGCCGCUUCUUUCUCGGGUGGGGGAGUUUAGGUGUGUUACAUGGUAAUCCUGUAGUUUUGGAAACGCCAUGUAUACAGAUUAUUUUUCGAAAGCUAUAUAGAAAGCUUUCGAUCCGUAAGCGCCGAUCUUCAUACAGAUAUUAUUAGCAUUGAAGAAGAUCUGGGCUUACGGAUCGGAAGCUUUGCAGUAAUAAAUUUACGUGGUGUUUCCACAAACCAAAACGUAUAGCUUAAUUGCAUGUGUUUCAUGUUUUAACACCACAUACAUGUAGUUCUAAAUUGGUAAUGCAUGGCCUAACAGUUGUAAAGAGUUCUAAUAAUCCAGCGUAAGAGUUCUAAAUUGAUAAUGUAUGAGUAUUUUGCCAACAUUAAACUUCUUAAUUUCUUUAUUCGAACUAGGAAAAAGAUGGUGGUAGUGACGAAGGUACUGUUAGUAGUUCUUUUGUAACAAGCCAUGCAUCUCUCGUACUAUUAAUCCCUACACAGCAAAAAAUCACUUUCUUAUUUUAAGAAAAAAAAAACUUAUUUUAAGAAAAUUUUCUUAAAAUAAGUCCAAAUUUUCUUGGGAGACUGGUAAGAAAAUUUUCUUACUAAUUUUCUUAAGAAUUUUUUUCUUAAGAAAAUCAUCAGAUUUUUCUUAAAAUAAGAAUACCAAUUUCUUAUUUUAAGAAUAUUUUUUCCUUUAAAAUUUCUUAUUUUAAGAAAAUUUUCUUAAAAUAAGUCCAAAUUUUCUUGGGAGACUGGUAAGAAAAUUUUCUUACUAAUUUUCUUAAGAAUUUUUUUCUUAAGAAAAUCAUGAGAUUUUUCUUAAAAUAAGAAUACCAAUUUCUUAUUUUAAGAAUAUUUUUUCUUUAAAAUUUCUUAUUUUAAGAAAAUUUUCUUAAAAUAAGUCCAAAUUUUCUUGGGAGACUGGUAAGAAAAUUUUCUUACUAAUUUUCUUAAGAAUUUUUUUCUUAAGAAAAUCUUAAGAAAAUCAUGAGAUAUUUCUUAAAGUAAGAAAACUCAAUUCUUAUUUUAGGAAUAUUUUCUCUUUAAAAUUUCUUAGUUUAAGGAAGAGAUAUAUUAUUUUUAUUUUAUAAGGACCAACAAGUUAUAGUACUGAUAUAUCGAUUAUAGACUGGAAGCAAUUAUAAAGAAUACAUGGCACCUUGCAUGCAAUAGUUUAUAUUGUAUAUAAAAGUUCAACUUCUACACCACAUGAUAUUCAUCAUACAGUACAUACUGUAUUAGUACCAGCUUAUUGCAUAUCAACUUUGAAACUCUGGUAGCUUGUCAUCGUCGACUUAAACAAAUUGGCAAUGUCUUGUGGCACAUUUGUGUCUUAAAAAUCUAAUGCUGAAAAACAUUCAAACCAAUUUCCUGCAUCCACGGAUAAUCAAAAUCCAGAAGGUAGAAACUGGCAAGAACUAAGAAGUGCAAGUACUGCCUCAUUCAAAUUGGACAUCUCCAUGAUAUCUCAUAUGUAUUGUUUCACGUUUUAAAACACUGAAGACUUUCACAAUCACAUUAUUUGUAUGAAGGUGAAUUUGUGUGCGAUGACUGAUGAGGAUAUAAAGUGACUGGUCAACAGGGAUUUUUGGCCGGUCAUGGACUGUUGACUGGCCAUUAUCUUGAGCCCGGGAUGCAUGCAACAAGGACAAGUUACCUAGCUGCUGGUAUAUACUGUAUCAAACAAUUAAAUAAAUUAAUGGAGAGAGUAUAGACAGUACAUAUACACAUGCCAAAUUCAAUGUUCUACUCUAAAUCAGCCUUGAAUUUUCGGAAACUUUUUAGUGCUGACUGAAAUAAACCAGCAACCUCUUGAGGCACAUUAAUAUCUUGAAAUACAUAAUGCUGGGGAACAAUUAAUCCAAUCUCCAGAAAGUGUGGAUAAUCAAAAACUAAACGAUAACAACUUGCCAGCACUGCAGUGCUUCAUUCAGCUCUGUUACGUCCACUUCCGCCAGAAUUCUCUUUCCAACGAUAACACUGUAGGUAACAUUUCGUCUUUUCCACCAAGAGGACAGGUACAUUACCAGAACGUUUGGAGCACCAAACUUCAUGAUCUUCGUUAUCCUAACAAAGAAUUACAUGGAUGUACAGUAUGCAUGAUAUAUGAUUAAUUACAUAGUCAUUUAAAUAUAAAGUAAAAAUAAAAUAGACUUUCACAUUGGCUGUGAACAAAACAGACUUAAGACCCUCCUCCACUCAUGGCAAAAACCAACUCGCAAGCUAGCUGCAAGAAAUGUUAUCCAAUCACAAUGCUCAACAGUUUAUUUCAAUCAGAUGGAAGCAGUCACAGCAGGCUGGUCACCUGGUUUUGCAAUGAGUGGAAAAGAGCUUUUAAAUUGAAGAUGUGAACAUCAAGACAAGGCGAAUUACUGCAUGGUGGACAGAUCUGGAAGCUAAAUAAACUGUAAUAUUUUCACACCAUCACACAUCCUGAACAGGGCCGUAUACAGCGGGGAGGGGGGGGAGGGGUGGAGGACGGUAGCUGCCCCCAAAGAAAACUAUAUUUACGAUUUUUAGAAUGUCAUUAUUAAUUAUUCUUUGGAUAUUUGGGAUUUUUUCAGCAUAUAGGCCUUACUGCCCCCUGGUGAAAAAUUCUUGCGUAUGGCCCUGAUCCUGAAUCUAAAUCUGUCUAAUAUUGCAAAAGUUCACUCAGUAUAUAAUUAUGCUAAUUAACCUAUGCCUAAAACUUUCUAUAACCCAGGAAAAUGACAUGGAUGCAAUAAAUCUGUAAGGGUGAAUUUACCAAUUUAUUUUCAUAAUUACAAACUUUUAGUGCUUGGACUUCUUUCCAGAGCUGAAUAUUCCAUGCAAAUUUUGAAAAUUAUGUAUGAUCUUAGAAUCUAUAAAAGAUCAACGUGUAUUCAAUUCAAAGCAAAACAGGAAUGGAUAAACUUGGCCGAAUUAGCCCAGAUAUUAUUUCUCUCCCCUCAGUUGGAAAUAAGUAGGCAUAUUAAGAAAUAAGACGUUAGUGAUAUUAACUCAUUUAACAGACCUAUAGCAGUUUGCCAAAUAAACAUAAACUUCCUUUUUCUUGCCAAUAAUGCAGGGGGAAUUUCUUGUUAGUUUGUGGGAUAGCCUGUCCUGUGUGUUGCAAUUCACACAGAAACUAGCCAGCUAGACUGCCGGAUAGUUGAGGCCUGUAAAUAUAAAGUCGAGUGAGUUAGCCAUGCAAGCAAGGCAAAUUACUGUUUGUAUGGAAUUGGCUUAGGCCAUAUAAAAUAAAUUCCUUGAUUCUCAUCACCGCCCGACUGUAUUUUAAGAGCCGCGUGAAAUUUUUUUUAUAUUUUGUUAUACAAUAUAAAUGAACCGCCAGACAAAAUAUUUCAAGACAGUUAAGUUUUUUAUAUUUAAAAUUGGGUUUUUAGUGCCAUUUUAAACUGCCAAUUUCAAACAAAUCGAACCUUUGGAAAGAAAUUUCAUUACAUUUUAACGGAACUUCGCAUCCAGUUCAAGGGUUGAGUCAUUGUUCGUGGAGAAAUAUGUUCAUUUUGGUUUGUGACACUUCACUUUGGAAAUCACAGAAAUAUUAAAUGUUAGGAAUUAUUUUUUUAUUUAUUGAUGAUAAAUUAUAUAAAUAUAAAAUAUAAACCUCCCGGCUCUUCAACGUUUUCAAAUUCUAGUGAUGAGAAUCAAGGAAUUUAUUUUAUGUGGCCUUAUAUAGCAUUUGCUAAGCAAAUUCCAUAUAAACAGAAACUUAGCAUUAAAUUUGUGCAAAACACAAAGUAGCUUAAUUAAAAGAUUUAAAAUCAUUACAUACAAAAUAUAAUGAUAAUACAAGAAUUAAUGCCAAGAAAUUCAGGAAAGCUGAUAUCUAAUGAUUCAUAUUUAUUUGUAAGCUAUUAUUUUAAAUGCAAGACAAAUUUCUACCUUUCCUGAGUAAAGUGUUUACAUGGAUUGUAAACUAAGUCAUUUCACCUGGGCAAGAUUUUGUGUCUUUCUGCCAGAACUUGUCAUAUAAACUCGCCUUGCUGGGUAACUUGCCUCCAUUUAAACAGGCCCCUUAUAUAGACAUUCUCAUAUGAACAACCCCUAUAAACAUGAUUUUUUUUUGUGUUGGUCUUGUGUACUGAGGUGAAUAUGAUAUUUGUGAUGUUACUCUGAGUGUGUAUCCACACCGGGCAAGCUUGAAAAAUAUGCCUGGCCACAGUGGGAAUCGAACCUACGACCUUUGGAAUACUAGCCCAAUGCUCUGCCAACUGAGCUACGCAGUCAGGUCGGUUCGAGUAUGUGAUAUUUCGGAACUGAGUCUAGUUCCGUCAACAUCAAUGUAAUCUAAUCAUGAUUUUUUUGUGUCGGUGUUGUGUACUCAGGUGAAUAUGACAUUUGUGAUGUUACUCGGAGUGUAUAUCCAGACCAGGGAAGCUUGAAAAAAUGCCUCGCCACGGUGGGAAUCGAACCUACUAGCCCAAUGUUUUGCCAACUGAGCUUACGCGGUCAGGUCGGUUCGAGUAUGUGAUAUUUCAGAACUGAGUCCAGUUCCUUCAACAUCAAUGUAAUCUAAUAAUCAUGAUUUUUUUGGGCUAGUAUUCGAAAGGUCGUAGGUUCGAUUCUCACUGUAGCCAGGCAUAUUUUUCAAGCAUGCCCAGUGUGGAUACACACUCAGAGUAACAUCACAAAUACCGGUAUCAUAUUCACCUGAGUACACAACACCAACACACAAAAAAAUCACGAUUAUUAGAUUACAUUGAUGUCGAAGGAAGUAGAGUCAGUUCCGAAAUAUCACAUACUCGAACCAAUCUGACCACGUAGCUCAGUUGGCAGAGCAUUGGGCUAGUAAUUUCCAAAGGUCGUGGGUUCGAUUCCCACCCUUGCCAGGCAUAUUUUUGCCCAGUGUGGAUACACACUCAGAGUAACAUCAUAAAUAUCAACCCCUAUAAAUUUUAAUGUAAAAUUAUAAGAUUGAUACCGGCAAUUAAACACUAUGAACUAUCGAGUUUAUACUUGAAUCAGCAUAUAUCAAUGGUCGACACAAAAUCAGAUUUGAUUUAAACAGGAAUACUGCACACUAUUUGGUGUCGUUUUACAUAUUUUGAAUACAUGUGCAUAUACAGGCCUACAGCAUGCUCGAAUAUCGUCUUGAAUAUAUGCAAGUUAAAACCGCAUGUUGUUUGUAUAAUGGGUCAUUCCAUUUAUUAUCCGCACCCCCCCUAUGGAUGAGCUCUGGUAAAAAUGUUACCUGUAGGAAUCGGAUUUCAGAGAAGUACCCUGUUGGAAUCGACAGUAUCAAUCUAAACCCUAGGAAUGCUGCUAAUUGCCAAUAUCUCACUGGUAGGAAUCUGCUAAUUGCCAAUAUCUCACCGGUAGGAAUCUGCUAAUUCCCAAUGUCAGACCGGGGGGGGGAGGGUGAGAAUAAUAAAUGAAAUUAUUAUGAUUCUCAUAAUAAAUAUUUGGCAAUAUAGUAUGCUACACCUUGACGGCAAUAUCUGACCGGUAGGAAUCGGGCCGAAGGAAUCUGCUAAUUCCCAAUAUCUGACCAGUAGGAAUCCCCUAAGUCCUAAUAUCUGACCGGUAGGAAUCCGCUCAUCCAUAGGGGGGGUGCGGAUAAUAAAUGGAAUGACCCAAUUGAGAUUUUAGCAUUAACUGACAAUAAUCGGUAUUUAUUACCCGGCCAUUUUUGUGUUUCGUUGAGAAAAUAUGUACGAGCAAUGAGAAUUGCCGAGUCGAGACUUGAGAUGUUAGAUGUAUAACCAACGACGGGAAAUCGACUGGUUAUUGCAAAACACUAGGCUUUCUAAUACACAAAAUAUGAACAAAAAACAUUACCUUGCCGUAUCUGACCACAUUCAAUGCCUUCAGAAGUAAUUUGGCCAACCAAAGAUGCGUUUAGGUGUCCAAAAUUAACAUUUUCAACGACCAUAAUUUACACAAUAUUAAGCUCUUUGUUCCAAAGUCACACCGCCGAAGGAUCAAAGUUCAAAUUGCUGCGCCCAGAGUCCUCUUAUUCCGUGCUACGUCAUGUAAUGUACACUAUAGUGGUCGAUACUAUAUGACAAUGAAAGAGAGUUGGAGCAAGUCUAGAGUCCUCUAAGCUCUGCCUUAUCCGCUAGCGAGAUAACUAUUAAGGUUUUACUUUUUAUGAAAAUGCUGAGAUCCAUGUGAUUGCGAUUCAUACUACAAUAUGGAGUCUGAAUAACAACAGAGACACCUGAUCAGUUGAAAUUAUUGCAUGUGUGUAUAAAAAAUUUGAUAUAGAAACUAUAACGAUUAAAAAUCGUAAUAUGCAUGUGCAUGCAUGGUGCAAUUUAAUAAUUUAAUUCAAGAAUAUUGCAAAAACAACUUCCUUAUUUUGAGAAAGAUAAUCUUACAUUGAGGAAAUUAAUCAUUCCAUCAAUCAAGAAACGGUUAAUUAAUGUAUCAGUAUAUUUUCAAGAGAAAACGUCUUAUGAGUUAUGUUGAAAAACGAGGUUCGUUUUAAUAAAGCAUUCAUGCAGUUAGAGGAAAUAACUUAUCAUUUUAAGAAAACAGUUAUAUGUGGAAUUAACUAUAUUAUAUACGAAGUACUUUUUCUUCAGAAAUAAUUUUCUUAUUUUAAGAAAACCGGAUUAUCUUAAAUCAAGAAAUAUAUUUUUAAGAAAUAAUAUUCUCAUUUUAAGAAAACAGUUAUCUUAAAUCAAGAAGUAAUUUCUCUUGAGAAAUAAUUUUCUCAUUUUAGGAAAACAGUUUUCUUAAAUUAAGAAUAAUUUUUUUCUUAAGAAAUGAUUUUCUCAUUUUAAGAAAACAUUUUCUUAAAUUAAGAAAAUAAUUUUUCUUAAGAAAUAAGUUUCUCAUUUUAAGAAAAUAUUUUCUUAAAUAAAGAAAAUAAUUUUUCUUAAGAAAUUGAUUUUUUGCUGUGUAAUUGUACGAGCAACAUCGCAUGAUUACUUGUUUAUUAUUAGCAUGACAAAAUUGGAUACUUCUCAAUGUCAACAUCAUAUUCUCUCGCCAAAGCCCAGUCCUGCAAGACUUUGAACCAAAAUUUGGUGCUUUUGUUCGUAUUUAGUUCUUUUGUUAAAGCAAAAUUUGGUGCUUUUGUUCGUAUUCUCUAGGGCAAUUUCAUUUCACAUUUUUGUUUAAAAUACCUUUCCGCCAUUUUGUUUGUUUUGGGAAAAUCAUUAAUUGUACUGCAGUACAAUUAAUGAAAUAAUUGUACUCCUCUUAACCAAUCAUCAUCCAGUAAUUUUGUCAUGCUAAUAAUAAAGAAUGGAAUAAUGAUGAUUAUUAUAUACUCAGUCUGAUAAUUAUCGGUAUCUUGAAGCCGUCGCGUUAUUUCAGCUGCUGACGCCAACAGCGUGCAAUAAUACUUUUUUUUGGAUCUGUAUAUUAAUUUUAAAGGUUAGGGUCUGUAUAUUAAUUCCUAUCAGCAAAUGACAACAGUAGUUAAAUGAAUGAAAUGUAUCUCUCCCUUAAAGGACUAGUAUUGCAGGCUUUUGUUUUUAUCUUACCCAAAAUCAACAUGGUAAAAAUACCAUUUCCAAUAAGAAUUAGAUAAAAGAAGAAAGGAUUCUCAAAGGACACAUGGUUCAAAUAUAUACUGUAUACGACGGAUUACAAAAAUGUUUCCAGAUCUAUGGAUCUACUCUGCCCAUCAAAUGGUCGCCAGCGGUACAUCGCUCCACAACAAGCAUCUAUUUGGGAAUCAAGGCAAUUUGUAGUGUUUUCCUAGUACGCGACUGUUGACGUUUAAACUUUAAAGUAACACUGUAAGAAUUAAGAAGUCUGUAUUCUGCGGGGAGAUUAUGCAACUCGAGAAUGGUUAUAUUUUUUCAUUAUAUAGAGGAUGGCGGAGGUGAUGAGGAGCCUGAUGCCGAAACAUCAGAUGAUGAAAAUGAUGAAUCUGAUUUGAAUGAUGAAAUGAGCACUGAAUUUUCCAACAUGUUGGCGGUCGUAAAAAAUUCAGGUAUUUGAACUUUUGACUUCUUAAUUGUGUUAAGGAUUGUUAAGUAUGUGUCUGUUGAAAGUUUGUACUUUUGAGUUGGAUUCUAACUUUGUUGUAAAAAAUCACCUUGUCCCACGGACCAAUGCUAUUGAAUCAAAUGAACCUACAGUACAAUUAGAUUGAAUUUAACUGCGUGGCCUAAUAUCCUUACAAUUUACUCUCAUUUUCCUCUAGAACAUGUCGACCAACUGGAAUGGAUCAAAAGUAGAUUAAAUGGAGCUGCCGAUGACAGAGCUGAAGAUGGUAUUAAACCAGUUCAUUAUCUUAAUGUCAGAUUUAUUAAAUAUAUAGGUUUGGCUUACGGACAUUCGAAUUCGGAGUUUAUUCGAUAAGGAUUCAUAAAAACCUUAAAAUUUGAUAUCAGCU